UUUCGGUAGCGAGGCGUUGUGGACGUUGGAAUGCGGUUACCAUAGGGCUGUGGGCAUUGCUGGGCAUCCACCGCGUCUGUCUGUUAUCCAACUUAGCGGGGCCGUCUCGGGAAUGUGGAAGGAAACUCGAGACAGAGAGGAGACGGUGGGAACGGAGCAGCAGCAUCUGUAAUAUCCCCCAUCCAUUUUUCUGGGGAUUUUCUGUCUUUCUGGGGGGCGGUGGAGAGGGAUUGCGAGAGAAGCCAAGGAUUCCCCGGCAGCACCAUGGAGCACUGCAGACAACAAUGAAAGGAGACAGUGAAAUGAAAUGCAAAUCAUCUAAGCCAGCACUGACCUUCUGCCUACUGCAAAAGAAGUGAUAAUAUUUAACGUCAAGCUCCUCUUUUGUCUGUCAGAUUUGGAGUUUGUGAGGCCAACAACAUGUUCUACGGUUCUUCCUCUGGGGCCAGCAUGUCCCUGCCGUCCAAGAGCCGCCUGAAGCGCCAGAGCAGAACCUUCACUCAGGUCCUGUAUCGCACUCUGAGCUACAGAGACCGUGUCCCAGCAGAGACGGGGACAAACACCCGAGGGGAUCGGCGAUCCACGACUGAACCUCCAGAGCAGCCAGUAGAUGACCCCGCCGAACUCUCCACUCAGAGCUCGGCCCCAGGGGUGCUGAAGAUCUUUGGAGAUGAGAUCUGUGCCGGUGCCAACUAUAAGAGUGUCCUGGCCACGCCCCGCUCUAGUGCUCAGGAACUUGUGAAGGAAGCGCUGGAGCGGUACUCGCUCAACAAGGAUGCAGCCCGCGUCUAUGUGCUGUGUGAUGUGAUCGGACGUCUUGAGGGGGGCGGGGCAUGGAGGACUGAGUGCCUGCGAGCGCUUGGGGACAACGAGAAGCCACUGUUGCUCCAGGAACUGUGGAAGCCCCGAGAAGGACAUGCUCGCAGGUUUGAGCUGCGCAGGAGAGCUGAGGUGGAUGAACUCAAUGCCAAAGAGAAGGAUACCAUCACAGCUGAUAUUAAUGCCCAGGCCCGGAAACUCCAGAGGAACAGGGCUAAGGGGACACUGACCCUGCCCCGCUCCAGCAAUUCAUCCUUCUGCCGCAGUCUCAGCGAAACAAGCCUUAAUCAGCUUGGAGUGGGAGAGGAGCCCAAACGAUAUUAUUCCACCUUGCCAGGGCCGCUGAGGGGUCGAGAACGUGACGGACCCUCCAGAAGGAAAGAAGAGGGCAGUCAGGGAGCAGGAGGGGUGAGGCACUCUCUCUACCAGUCCCCCCAUCUUCUUCUGCUACAAGGAUUCAAUCGACAGGACUGUCUGGUUUAUCUUCUGAACAGAGAGCAGCACACAGUUGGUCAGGAGACCCCAUCAGCCCGCCCCAACAUAUGCCUCUUCUCACCUGACAUCCUUCCCCUCCACUGUCGGUUGUGCCGAGUCCCUGCACCGCAUCAUCAUACCAACAACAACAAGGGAGCCGAUUUGGCAGAGAGUCACCGUUCCUGUGUAGCUGUCGAGCCUGUACUCAACGCCACUGUGCUGGUGAACUUUUCCCGCUGUGAACGCAUAACGACGCUGCGACAUGGCGACCUUCUCUCCUUUGGAGCACAUUACAUCUUCCUCUACAAGGACCCCAUGGGCGCCAAGCUCCUGCCUGCUCAAACCUUGGCACGGCUACGCACGUUAGGGCAGCUUUAUGAUUCAGGGAUAGAGGAGGAGGAGGAUGGGACUCAAAUUUGUAAAAUGUGUGGUUCUGUACUGAAGGACAAAACCUCACAAGUGGUCAGUGUCCCGGCAGUUAGACGCAUCUUCAAGCCACACCUGGUGAAACCUCGCGGUGUUGGGAUGGUGUCAGGAGGUGAAACAACAGGACAAGGAGCAGGUCAAAAAAGAAAGCUACAGCUGGAGUUUGACCAAGCUCAUGAGGACCAGCUGUUGAAUAGAAUCGUCUCUCUUAUUGAACCUGGAGGAGAUGACCAUAAGCUGACGCCUGCCUACCUACUCUGUCUGUGUAUACAACACUCUGCAUUGACCUUCCCUCCUGGCAGCUUUGGCAAACUGCUGUUAAAGAUCGUCCGUCGAAUCCAAACCAUUGCAUGGGAGAAGACAAAGGAGUUGGCUCAGAAGCAAGCUCAGCAUCAGGACCCAGCCUCCUUGACUUUACUCAGCAUCUCAGACCUGAUCCCAGACCUGCAGACCAUCUUCUUCUGGAUGUCAAACUCAAUUGAGAUCCUCUACUUUAUCCAGCAAAGGGCGCCAGCCUACACACACAGCAUAGAGACGCUGCAAGGGUCAAAGGAGUCGUUGUUAUCGGCGACCAUAACAGCCAAUGAAGAGGCUAUGACUAUCUUGGAGGAAGUGAUCAUGUACACAUUCCAGCAAUGUGUCUAUUAUAUCACUAAGGCUCUUUAUGUGGUGUUGCCUGGUUUAUUAGACUGUAAUCCAUUCCCAGUCGACAGCUCUGAGCCCUGCUGGAAAGGAGGUGUCGGAUUUCCUGAACCUGUCCGCAGGGUCCUGCAGGUUUUUCAGAGUGCACAGGAGCUUCUGCAUAGUUACCUGGUUCACCCGGAGAUCCAGGGUCAGAUGUUUGCUUACCUCUUCUUCUUCUCCAACGUUUCACUGCUUAACCAGUUACUGGACAAAGCUUUCUCCCCCUCCUCCCUUGUUCUUUCCAUCUGGCCAUCAAGGGAUUUGACAAAGAAGAGCAGAGCAGAGCUUCAGACUGGAGCUGGUCUUCUCCGCAGCCAGCUAAGGCCUUCUGCAACACCACAUUUACAUUCUGCAAGUGGUCCAGCCCGGGGUUGGUUCCAGCGUUCAAAGUCGCUGCAAAUCCAGGCGUGUUUGCGAAUGCUGAUGGAAUGGGCAACCAAGUCCGGUCUGGGACAUCUGGCUGAAAAGUUCUUCACCAAACUCAACAGUACUGUGUCCAUAGUGGCCACACCCCCACAGCAGCUCACACAGUUGAGUUGGCAAGUGUUGUCCAGUGAGCACCCAUCUCUGAAACCAGUCCAGCUCCACAGGAUCCUCACCCAGUACCAGCUGACAGCAGAGACGGGUCCUGUCCCAGUAUGGCAGCCCAGUAGUGAGGAUGAGGCUUAUAUCUAUAGAUCAGUUGACCUCCUGGAAAGCUUUGAGAACCACCCGCCCAUCGUCCUUCCGAGCUCAGGGUUUAGAGUGGACCUGGACAGCGAGUGUGUGGAGGACAGCAUCUACAGACAGCUACUCUAUGUCCGUCACUACCUGUGGGGUCUGAAGACCAAGACUCAAACUCACACCACCACUCCCAGUGUGCACACACAGUCCAAUGGAACCAACACGGCCGGCUGGCCAGACGUCCAGAGGGAGCUGCUACCUCCGGUCCACAGCAGCCCCCGCUCUGGGAGGGGCACCGGGGAUGAGACAGGAGCAGAGGAGAGGGGAAGAGACCGGCCCCCGGGCCAGACACAAACCCACAGCCUCAGAAGGAACGGAACUAUUCACCAUCCUCGUGCAGCCAAUCCGGACCCAUCCUGCCUCCUGACCCCACCCAACACCCCCCUGUACCCAGAAGGGGGAAGUGGAGGGGGACCCAUUCUCUGCUCCAGCAUUCAGACUAAUGGCUGCUCAGCCAGAAUUCUGGCAGAAUGUAAAAAGACAAACGGACUCCUCACAAAUGGACUGGAAGGAUGUAUUAGUGGCUGUGAGUUUCCUUUCCCUGUCUCCUCCCCCGGCGCUCCUUCCCUUGCUGAUGAUUUGUGUGUGGUGUUUGUAGUGGAACUCGACAAGGGACCCUACGGACUGGGAAUGGGACUCAUAGACGGCCUGCACACCCCCCUUAAUGCUCCCGGUAUUUACAUCCGGACCUUGAUCCCCGACGGGCCGGCUGCAUCUGACGGCAGGCUGAGGAUUGGCGACCGCAUCCUGGCAGUGAAUGGAACCAGUCUGAUUGGAGCAGACUACCAAAGUGCGGUGGAUCUGAUUCGUCUAGGAGGGGGUCGACUGCGUUUCCUGGUAGCCAAAUCGGACCCCGAGGUCUCAGAGAAGAUCAGUGCCUCGUCCUGCUGACCACUGCCCCACUAGCACCAUGAUGCUGACACAUGCAAAGCUCAGCAGGGUUCACACAGCUAUGGCUUACAUGUAAAUAUCAGAUUGGGAAUCUUGAAUUUGUAAAAUAGCAUCAGUGAUGCUCAUUAAUCAUUUCCAGGCAGCCUGGCAUUUAAAGCACAGGAUAUUCUCCUCAAUCUGUGGAAUAUUUCCAGCUUUAAUUCCAGAUGGAAAUAGCUUGAUUCAUUGCUCAGCUGUUGCUGUGAAGCAGCCGUUUGUAAAACUGGAGAGACAUCCUUCUGUUUAUGUCAAAGCAUUUGAUGAUGUGCUUUUGGAAAAGAAUGUUUUAUAAAGUUGUUUGUUAGGAGUUCUUGACACCAUCAAACUUUUGUGAUUGAAUGUUUACUUUUUGUACCAGGUUUUGGAUGUAAAGGUUCUGGCUGAGAAAGCUGAGUCCUGGUGGAAACAUUGAGCUUCAAGCUCCUUAGUGCCACUCUGUUCACACUGCAAAUAGUUGUAAAUAUUUUAUCAGCCAGAUGAACAGAAAGCAAUUUGGGAUUAUUCCUGUUUGUGAGGAGACAAAAACGAAUACCUGUUGAUGGAAAAUGUUUUAUGGAAUGAUGGGACGUUAAUUAUUUGUGUCCUUUCUUUAAAACUUCUGUAUUUAUUUCCACUUCUUUCUUCUGGUUUGUGCAUUACAGCAACUUUUUUACAUGCUGCUACAUUUACAAUUACACAAAACACUUGAGUGUUCAUGUAUACAACAGAACAAAACUUUUAAAAAGAAUCCACGUGGAGGAAUCUUUUGUUGAAACCAGUUGCCUUUUUGGUAGACAAAUACAUUUUAACUGGAUCUGAAGGAAGGUGAGCUAAUGCUGUUUAUUAUUUGAAAAUACUUUUUAAAAAGGAGGGAAAAACAUUGAUCUCUGGGUUGACCCUGUUGGGUGAGAGAGCUACCUGCAUAAGUUUCCUUGGCAAUGUUAGUUGGAGUCACAGUAUACACAAUUUGAAGGGAGGAUUGCCUCCUUGCCGAGGCUAAAGCCAUUUCAUUGUAGUAGCACUGUCUUAGCCUUAGGAAUGUGCUGUCACCUUUCAGCACAUUCCUGGAAGCUUCCAAGACUUCUGGUAUUCUGCUACAAACAUGAGGCCAAACUGAAUCUGUUCUUCUAUUGGCGGCCAUAUCCGAGAAAUGUGAGCAUUCAGAAACAAAACAGCAUUAUGGAGCCACUCAAUUGGGUCAUAAGAAUGGCAGAAACCAUGUGUUGGUUUCUGCCAUUCUAAAGAUAAAACUAUAGAUGCUUAUCAAAAAACCUGGACACAGUUGGGGUAAAUAAGUAUUCAAUUUCAUAUUUAUGUAAGUUUGCUCAUGAAGAAAUCCACAAAGCAUAUUUAUGGUUACUUGACUUUAAUGUGGAGACAAAAUAAUCAACUCUAGAUAAGACCUAUUGAUAGAAAAUGUUUUAUGGAAAACAUAAGGGAAAGGGAAAAUAUUGAAUGUCAAUAAUAUCAAAUUCUCACAUUGGUGCAUUCCCGUUGAAUUUAUGUAAUCUGUUGUGCUUGGAUUUCUUAUAUAAAAGGUAACCAUAAAAAUGAAGUUAAGCAAGAAAACUUGCAAACAUAUUUGUAAAUCUACAAAUAAAAACUUAUUUUCUCCACUGUAAGUCAUGACUUUGCUGCUCCAUCGGCGCCGUCUUAUUGGCACUGCUGGUCAUGGUCCACCAUUCAGUCCAAACACCUGACAGCAGUGCAUGAACGAUGCCUUUCAUAUGUAAAGAAUCUGGAUAAAUGUGAGGAUUAAAAGCACUACGUUGGAUAUUUUAUCAUUCUGUGCCUGAUGGGGCAACACAUAAG